AUGUCUCUCGUAUCAAAGUGGAAUACUCAGGCUACGGCUACCUCUUCAACCCCCGCGGAACCAGAAAGCUCCCAACAUGAAUCUCUUUCUAACAGCAAGUGGGCCUCCAUAUCAACUUCAUCUGACAAUUCUAUACCUGUAGCUCCUAAGAAAACAGGAGUCGCAAACUCUGCAGACCUUGCACAUGUACCCAAAGGACCUCGCGGGACUCAGGUCCUUACUACAUCCUUACCCACGGGACCUGCUGCAACAACACCUUCUGGUUCUGCAGGUGGCAUCUCUAGCAAGCACAGCCAUGGUUCUCACGAUAUCAAUGCAUCAAACACAGAUAUUAGUGACCGCGGGUCUGUGACAUCCCAAGACAGUGCCAAAAGCACAACGAGUGUGUCGUCAGGCGGUGGGAACCAUAGCUCAAUAACAAUACCAACAAAUAACAAAAGUCGCUACCGUGGUGGUAGGCGCAAGGGAUCAAAAGCUGCUGAAGAAGAUAAAAUGUCGUCGGAGGCCAUUGCCUUUAUGAAACGCUUGGACACAUCAAAAUCAGAUAUACCAACUGGACCUGCUCAGUCAACACAAGACCCACAAGAGCCAACAACAGUAGCCGAACAAGCAAGUAUAGAAAAAAACGGGAAACAGCCAAGGCGACGUGGAAGUUCCGCACAUAAACGACGAGCUAGUCGUUCAAGUACAUCGCCACCAGGUAGACCCAGUGGCUUUAAUGUGCCACCUCUAGAAACUCGUCUUGCUGAACUAAAAGUGUCAUCCACAGACCACCACAAGACUGCAGAAGAAAUUCAAAAUAACAAGGCUGAUGGAGAGACAUCUAAAUGGGCUGCAGAACGUGAUGCCCACCGUGAACGUCGAAUGCAAGCACUUAACUCUGUCGAAUGGCGCAAGCCACAUCAACAUGACAAGCCUGCUGAGCAGGUUGCUAUUAAUCCUACUGACCAAGACAGUCAACAAGUGCCCAGCGGUCGUCGACAUCGUGCCAGAGGUGGGCGCCGACGUCGUCGCAGCACUAAUAGUGGAAGCAAUGGCAGUAUUCCAAGCGAAUCGGAGGUUGCAAAAAGUGAAGCUGUAAACGUAUUAUCAUCUGUUCACAAUGACAGUAACGGGGCCCAGUCAAAUAUCCCGUCGGAGAAAAGCGAGUCUGUUUUACAUAUUUCAGAUUAUGACGAGAAUGAAGAUUGGGCUGAUGAUUCUGAAUGGGAUUUUAAUCAGUUUACAACAACCCAAUAA